UCGCGGUGGAGUGGGCGGGGCUGGGCUUCUGUUUUGUCCUCGUUCGUUUUGGGAAGGUUGAGCUGCUGCCGCUUCCCUGAUGGGAUUGGAAGAAAGUUGAGUCGACAGAUGUGUUAAAUUGGUGAAAUGAGAUGGUCUGUGUUUUAGAUCGUUGACGUCCUGCUCAGGCUGUUGGCCUGGCCUCCUCGCGUCCCUUUCUACCCAUGUUGCACCGCAGUAUUGAUGGUUGAGCUAAGAUGGCGGUCCAGGAAUCUGCUGCUCAACUAUCGAUGGCAUUAAAGGUUCAGGAGUAUCCCACUCUAAAGGUACCCUAUGAAACCUUAAAUAAGCGUUUUCGAGCUGCUCAGAAGAAUAUUGACCGAGAAACUAGUCAUGUGACCAUGGUAGUUGCAGAACUGGAGAAAACAUUGAGCAACUGCCCAGCAGUGGAUUCUGUCGUGACCUUGUUAGAUGGUGUAGUUGAGAAGCUCAGCGCUUUGAAGAGAAAGGCAGUUGAGUCAAUCCAAGCUGAAGAUGAAAGUGCAAAACUGUGCAAACGUAGAAUUGAACACUUAAAAGAACAUAGCAGUGAUCAAGCAGCAGCAGUUAAUAUGUGGAAGAAAAAACGCAUGGACCGUAUGAUGGUAGAGCAUUUGCUGCGGUGCGGCUAUUACAACACUGCUGUUAAACUGACCAAACAGAGUGGAAUUGAGGACUUGGUGAAUAUUGAUAUGUUUCUUACAGCCAAAGAGGUUGAAGAGUCACUUGAAAGGCAAGAAACAGCUACUUGUUUAGCUUGGUGCCAUGACAACAAAUCAAGGCUGAGAAAAAUGAAGAGUUGCCUGGAGUUCAGCCUGAGAAUUCAGGAGUUCAUUGAACUUGUUCGACAAAAUAAGAGGCUGGAAGCUGUCAGGCAUGCCCGGAGACACUUCAGUCAAGCAGAAGGAGGACAACUGGAUGAGGUGCGACAAGUGAUGGGUAUGCUGGCAUUUCCCUCUGAUACUCACAUUUCGCCAUAUAAGGAUCUUUUGGAUCCAGCCCGAUGGAAAAUGCUCAUUCAACAAUUCAGAUAUGAUAACUACAGACUUCAUCAACUUGGAAAUAGUUCUGUCUUCACUAUAACACUGCAAGCAGGACUUUCAGCUAUAAAGACACCACAGUGCUAUAAAGAAGAUGGAACCUCUAAAAAUCCAGACUGCCCUGUCUGUAGCAAAUCUUUGAACAAGCUCGCACAGCCUCUUCCUAUGGCGCAUUGUGCUAACUCCCGACUGGUCUGCAAGAUUUCCGGUGAAGUUAUGAAUGAGAAUAAUCCACCUAUGAUGCUGCCUAAUGGAUAUGUAUAUGGAUACAAUUCACUACUUUCUAUUCGUCAAGAUGACAAAAUUAUCUGUCCAAGAACCAAAGAAGUCUACAACUUCUCUCAAGCUGAAAAAGUUUACAUCAUGUAGAAGUAUGAAAAAGCACAAGGCCAGAAUUUGAACCACGGGCUACUAUUUGGCUUGGCCUGACUGCUGGGUAUAGCUUGAUUACCUGUGGCAAUGCACCUUUUUUGGUGGAUGUCUGUCUCUUGUGAUCAGAAGUCCAAAUGGAACAAAAAAUACACAGUGUUGUAUGAUGACAGGAGCAUUGUGAAAGCAAGAAGAGUUUGUACUAAAAAGGUGAAAUAAAACAGUUGAGGCUUUGACAAGAGUUUUGUAGUGGUUUACAUUAUCUGACGAAUUUUGACAGUUUUCAAAUGUAUUUCAUUCGUAAAUUGAAAUUUAGUAACUCUCAUUAGUGUUGUGCUUGGGGGAUACAAUAUUGAACUUGUUUGGCUGCCUUAUUUCAGGCCUUCAGAACUUGCAUAACUUGCACAACUGCAGUUAGUGUUUUCAGGCCAUAGUGUUUUAGAGUAGUAUAUUUCAGUUUAACCAGAUCAGCUGUAAAACAAAAACUUAACGUAUUUUGAGUAAUUGUGAUUUCGUUCCAAGAUGCACAAUUGGAAAUUCCAGAAAGCUUAUGUUUUAGCUCUAUUUAUGCAUGCAGACACUGCUAGGUUGUAGAAUUAUAAGGUUGGAAUCAAUUGCAAAUUAAAAAGAAUCAAAUAAAACCUGGUUUAGUUUGUUUUAUUUGAUCUGAGUAACUUUUAUUUCACUUUUACAAGUACUUGAAACUUUUCUUUGAAAGGGACCUGUGCACUUUUCCACAACUACUUUCCUUCCUGAAAUUGUGAUUUGAGUUUGAAUUUUUUGUCAUAUCCUGUUCAUAUUCAUACAUGGGUACUCAGCCUGCUGACACUCUCUGUCCCAUAGAACUCUGUAAUGCUUUCAUCCUGAAACUUUGAGUUGCGAUAUUAAGCCAAAACUUUUGUUCUUUCUUCCAUUUCCUGCCCAUUUUAAGAAUACAAAUUGUGUGAAUUUGGCCAACCACAUGGUUUAUUCACCCAUAGAGGAAUCCAGGCAACUCUUGAGAGAUUUCAGUUUCCUUGCAAUGUACUUUAUCUUCAGCCAAGAGAAGACUGAAGCCAGCAGUUGGGUCUCAUUUUUGGAUAAAUGCAAGACCUGUCACAGAUGAAGGAUAUCACGGCUAUUUCAGCAGCAGGGAAGUCUAGGACAGUGGGAUGUAAAACACUAGAAAUGUUGGAAAUCUGAAAAGGAAGCUGGCAAUCCUCAACAGAUUGAGCAGCAAAUCUGGAAAGAGAAUAGUGGUCAAUAUUGCAGGUCAAUCUCCAAGAGGAGUGGCCAGUUCUGCUGUGCAUUUUUGCCCUGCUAAUGUGAUGAAUUGGGACAGAGGCUGAGGCCUACUCCAGCUGCUCUGGGAACGGAUCCAGGGACUCAUUCUGGUUUGGAAUGCUGUGGCUUGCUUUUAUUAAGUGCAUGAUUUGUGUUUUUUUUUUCCCCCCCUCUCUUUCUCUGCACAG